AUGCCCGGCCUGGAGGGGAGAGAUCGGAAGACGGAUAUCGAGGUAGGACACAAGGGGGACUUCCGCACUGAGGCAUCCGACGAGAUAGAAGAGCAGGGGAGCACCCUGCAUCUCGGGCCGAGCGAGAUAAUUCCCAAGAUAAGGAAGUGCAACAUUGCGCAGUUCAAGAAUCGAUUCAAUGUCCAGGAGGGUCGGUAUGCUGUCGAUGUUCUCGAGUCCAAUUCCCUCCUCGACGAGGAGAUCCAGGACGAGCUCAAGCUUCGACAGAGCCUUCCAAAGGCGCCAUCCAAACACAAGGAGAAGCGACCGAAGGUCAAGAUAGCACCCGCCGCAACCAUGGUCGACCAGGCCAUCCACACGGGUCAAACAGAUGCCAAGUGGAUCUCGCGGAUUCGGAUCCAGUCUCCUGCAAUUCUGGCCAUUUUGUCAAGAAUCAUGAGGGAGUCGUGGACCGGACGGCCCCGAACAUACUUUCGUCCUUUCAGUCCCCUCAUCUACUUCCACGAGCAGGCUACAGAGGCUCUGAAAGACUUGGAAGCCAAGUGGGGCCAUGCUGAGCAUCCCGGGGCAAUUCGAACACCGGCAAGCCGGGAUGAUGCGUCCGAACAUCAGGGAGAAGUGAGAUUCCCCGUCGACGACAGCCCGUCGGCGCUGGCCGAGAUGAGAUGCUACAUCCAAUUUAUUACAGACGAGAUCAUGCCUCUCUACAAUCAGUUCGACAAGCUGGACGACACAUCGAGCGCGAAGGUACGAUUCCACGACCUGUGGUUCCUCUUCCGGCCCGGCGAGCUCGUGUACCGACCGAUUGGGACCGGGACAAACAAGGACGCAGGCGGCCUGGCAAUCGGCCAGAGGACCUGGCGGGCAUAUGGCACGAGACCGUUUUGGCCCAAGUAUCAGAUCACGCCUGUCGACCAUCGGAAGUAUAUGAGCGACGACGACGACGAGGAGAAUUCCGCGUUCGCUGUUUUCUGCUACUACAUUGACUACACCGGGGACGAGUUCUGCGCAGUCAAGGACAGAUUCGAGAUUCAACCCUACGAUGGCGAGCGUCCGAUCAAAUCCCUUGUCGUGUACCCUUGGCGAUUCGUCACGGAUCAUAAGGAAAAACUCAAGAAGUAUAUGGGGAUUGGCGGGGACUUCUUCCGAUACAUCCAGACCAAACACGCCGCAUACGACUGGUGGACCAUGACGCGGGAUCCCCGUGGAGGGCCGGCCAUCGACGUGGAGGGCAACGUGCUCAAGCGCCCCGAGCACAUCAAUAGCGAGGUCAUCGUCGACUUUGUGGAAGCUUUCCAGGCCUGCCCCGCUUGGAAGCCGCAGCAGUCUAUCAUCAAGAAUGCCGACCCAAGGCCGUCGACCACCGCCGACGAGUUUUACACGUGCUGGUGGUCCGAUGCUGAACGAACCAAAUUGCUGGCGGAGACGACGGAGAUUAUCGUACUCAGGACUGGAGUCACCACCUACGAGCGAAACAAAGCCGUCCGGGAAGACGAAUUCCUUGCCAAGAUUCGAGAGAACGACAGGAACAACCGUCCCACCACCUCCAAGGACCUCCGUGAGAGCGACAUGGUGCUCCUCCCGGUCCGCGUCUUCGCCUACGCUCUGCAGGACCGCAAGUUCGUGCAGCUGGACUGCCAGUAUCUCAGGCCGGUCAAGGAGUCCUUCAAUGCCUUCGACAGCCUCAAGAUCAACCCUCGCCACAAGGCCAUCGUCCAGGGACUCGUGGAGGCCCAUUUCCUGAAGAAGUCCAAGGAGAAGACGGACGGCAUGGGACGUCUCACGCUGGACCUUAUCCAGGGGAAGGGCAAGGGCUUAUUCAUCCUGCUGCACGGAGUUCCCGGAGUCGGGAAGACGGCGACGGCCGAGGCAGUCGCGCAGGCGAAUGGAAAGCCCCUGUUUGCCAUCACCUGCGGAGACCUUGGGUUGACGCCGAACAAAGUGGAAGCGGCGCUGCGCCGCAUCUUCCGGCUUGCCAAUGCAUGGGACUGUGUCUUGCUGCUCGACGAGGUCGACACCUUCUUCUCCCAGAGGUCAAAGGGAGAUGCUACUCUAACCAAGAACGCCUUAGUCUCGGUGUUCCUCCGCGUCCUAGAAUACUACAACGGGCUCCUCUUCCUGACGACCAACCGGCCCGGCGCCCUCGACGAAGCCUUCAAGUCGCGCAUCCACCUCAAGCUCUACUACCCGCCGCUCGACUUCGAGCAGACGCGCGACAUCUGGCAGAUGAACCUGGAGCGGCUGCACGCCAUGGAGGAGCAGCGGUGCGCGGGCAGCCCGGACGAGCAGCCGCUGCAGAUUCACGACAAGGAGAUCCUCGACUUCGCGGUGCGGCAGUUCUGCCACGACGACGGCAAGGCGCGAUGGAACGGGCGUCAAAUCCGCAACGCCUUCCAGAUCGCCUCGUCGCUGGCCUACUUCGACGCGCGCAAGAGGCACGCCGCCCAGCUCCGCGAGCGAGCAGCCACGGAUUCGGACGCGCCGGUGCCGGCCCCGCGGCCGGUGCUGGACGUCGAGCACUUUGAGAUGAUCCAUCGCAUCACCGACGACUUUGACCAGUACAUGCUGGAGACGGUGGGGAACACGGACGGCGCGCUCGCGUUCGAGAGGGACGAUCGGGCCGAUCACUGGAAGAGUCCGCGGCCGUCGGGGGCGGCCGAGAAUAAUAAUAGGGGACCGCAACACUCGCCGAAUCCUUCAUACGGACGUCCGUCCCUGGCGGGCGGAAGUUCCCACGUCCCGUCGUUCUCUUUUGAUAACGCGUCCCGUGGACCGCCGGGGGGAGACCGUGAGUAUUACAGCCCGUUUGGAGGACCAGGGAGGCUCGGUUCCGGCGGCAGUGUGGGAUACGGCGGCAACAGCAACGACGGUGGCGGGGGGGCUGCGUACAUACCGCCCGAGUCUGUCCUGGCUAGCGCGGGGAGCGGCUUGAGAGGAUACGGGAGGGAUGAGCACGAACGGGCCGAGAUUGGACCCAGGCAGGGAUCGAGGUAUGGCUCGUACGGGGCGCAAAAUAAUGAGUGGGGGAAUAGCAACAGUCGUUCUGAGGACCAAGGACAGUUAUACUAG